ACACCAUCAAGGCGGACGCUAAAAAUAUUUACAUCGCAGAGCUAACAGGGAAUAUAUCACGAAUGUUAACAGUUAAACUUAUUUCAAAUAUACAACGAACAGGGAACAUGCAGUUAAACAUUUCACAAACAUACAAUGAUGACCGCGAAGCUUAGCUCUAUGAACAACACGAACACCGGCCCAGAGCUGGAUACAAUGCUGCUUAAUGCAGAUUAACAUUGAACUCUUCCUUCGGGACUGAGGCAGUCAAUGCUUUAAAACCUAACGAGUGGUAAGUUCGUUUCGGCCUUGGUGUAGUAUGCCUGAAUUUACUAGUUUCAUGAGGGAGCAGGGCCCUGGGCAAAAUUAAUGCACUGGGCCCCCCACCGUUACCUUCAGCCUUCUAUCAUGUACAAGUGAUUUUAGCAAUGACAAUAUGCCCCAUCAUUAAUACAAUGAAGCAGUUGCGGUCUCUUGGAAGACGGCACUGAGAUAAUCAUGAAAUAAUCAGAUUUGUCCAUGGUUUGUCUUGUAAAAGUUAUGUGAUGGGGUGGGUGAAUAUACAUUGCUGUUCUUUUUUUUUCAUAAAUGUAUUUUAUUUUAAUGUCAUAAUUAUGUCUCUUUUGAUAAAAUUUUUAUGUACAGCGCGGUGAGCCCAGCCCUAGGCUGGGGUACCGCGCUAUAUAAGACGUCUUAUUAUUAUUAUCAUUAUUAUUUCGCAUCCAUAGAUUUCUCGAUAACCAGCUUUAUUUUGUUUUUGUUUUGUUGCUGUGUUAUAACACUUAAAACAAUUCUACCUUCCAAAAAUUACUAACAUACACAUAAAAAACACAGUCAAGCUAUCUGAGUUCUCUCUCUGUACAAUUUGUGUACUAGGCUGCAGCCGCCAUUGGACAAUGUCACCGGGGAUUCCAAUAGGAAAAAUUUUGACGAUUACUUUGAUCAGCGUCACCACGGUGUUGAUCAUCAUUGGGAUCUUCUCUACGGAGUGGACCAAAGUUAGUGCAGUAAGUACAGCUUCUUAGGUCUCAUAGAGAACAUUACAACCAUCUAUAUAGAGCAUUAUACCCAUCAUAUAGAACAUUAUACCCAUCGUAUAGAACAUCACUCCCAUCAUAUAGAACAUUACAUUCAUCAUAUAGAACAUUACACCAACUGUGUAUUGCAUUAAAUCCAUUGUUCCGUUAGUAAAGUUAGUUCAUCCGUUUUUCCACCCGUCGCUCCACCCAUCCACCAAUCAGCUACCCAUUCCAUCUAUUCAUAAAUCCAUUCAUUCAUCCAUCAAUUUUAUCUACAUACGUAUGUGAUUGCCAUAAACCGAUCGAUUCUUGUGACUCUAUUUAAAGCUGGAUAUAGUCUGGGAGACAGAGGGCCUGUUCAGCAAAUGUCUGUCCAAAGACUGUCACCGAAUCGGGAACCCUUCAGGUAGGUCACUGCAGAUAAUCCUUCAAUCAGACAGUUGCAUCACCCUUCAACAGAUCACCCUUCCGUCCACUCAAGUAGGUCACCACGGAUAAUCCAUCCGUCCAGUCAGGUAGGUCACUACGGAUAUUCUCUCCGCCAAGUCAUGCAUAAUGAAUAGUUAAAGCUACCUGUUUAGAUUGCAUGCAAGUCGAUGUCCAAAGGACGUCUGUGUCCUUGACCCAAUGACGAUUGUGUCCAUGUCCCAAUGGUGUUUGUCUCCAUGCUACAAUCACUUUUUUGUCCAUGUCACAAAGACGUUUGUGCAUAUCCCAAAGAUGUUUUUCCUUAUUGAUUGAACGUUUUUUUAAAAAUGUUUUAAAAUUAUUAGGUAUAUAUAUACUAUGACGUAUAGAGAUAUAUAGAGUGAACGAUUAGAGAGUAGUCGAGAGCUUGAGCUUACUGGACCUGUUGUACAUUGGGAUAGAGAAGAAAUCCUUUAAACAGUAAUUAGUCGGCUGAGAAAACGUUCGUUAUUCAUGUAAACUCAAGCCUAGUCUGCUAUUGUGAAUUGAUGUACAGUGUAAAUAAAAUAUUCAAUAUUGUUAACUUGGGGUUGGAGUUUUACUUGAUAUUCUUCAACCCAAACACGCUGCUUUUAUCAAUCAAGCAGUUCAGUCACAACCAGACAUCCAAUUACCUGACAUACUGCCAGUAGUAACCACGCUGCAUCUAACAAUCAAGUACUUCAGUCACAACCAGACAUCCAAUUACCUGACAUACUGCCAGUAGCAACCACGCUGCAUCUAACAAUCAAGUACUUCAGUCACAACCAGACAUCCAAUUACCUGACAUACUGCCAGUAGGAACCACGCUGCAUCUAACAAUCAAGCAGUUCAGUCACAACCAGACAUCCAAUUACCUGACAUACUGCCAGUAGCAACCACGCUGCAUCUAACAAUCAAGCAGUUCAGUCACAACCAGACAUCCAAUUACCUGACAUACUGCCAGUAGCAACCACGCUGCAUCUAACAAUCAAGCAGUUCAGUCACAACCAGACAUCCAAUUACCUGACAUACUGCCAGUAGCAACCACGCUGCAUAUAACAAUCAAGCAGUUCAGUCACAACCAGACACCCAAUAACCUGACAUACUGCGAGCUACAUAUUUCUGACAGGCAAACAACAACUAACUAUUUGACAAACAGCCAUUUACAGACAUAGUUCAACAAUGAAUAUACUCUUUUACAUAGUCGGACUAGACAUACCUGACCUGUCACAUACACAGCACAGAGGUUAAAAAAAUUGACUACUUCCAUAUAGUUGCGCAUAACUUGUUCAAUUAUAUCUGUAACGCGGUCCUUAAUUUAUUCUAUUCUAUUUCCAUAUUAUCUCUGUUUAAGAAUGGCGAUCCAUAGUCCAGUACGUGUCCUACUUAAUGUUAGCCAUCCUGUUUACGACGUCCAUCUGCGAGUGUGUGGCCAUCUACUUCCGCAUGCUGCGAGUCACUAAGAUAUUCUCCAUAUGCUACGCCGUCGCAGGUCAACAUUUGUUGUUUAACUCUAUGUCAACUUUUAUCAUCAUGUUAUGUUAUCAUGGAAUUUUAUCGUGUAAUGCUAUCAUGUGAUGCUAUCAUGUUAUGUUAUCAUGUGAUGUUAUCAUGUGAUUUUAAUGUGAUGUUAUCAUGUGCUGUUAUCAUGUGAUGUUAUCAUGUGAUGUUAUCAUGCGAUGUUAUCAUGUGAUUUUACCAUGUGAUGUUAUCAUGUUAUGUUAUCAUGUUAUAUUACCAUGUGAUGUUAUCAUCUUAUGUUAUCAUGUUAUGUUACCAUGUGAUGUUAUUGUGAUGUUACCACGUGAUGUUAUCAUGUUAUGUUACCAUGUGAUGUUAUCAUGUUAUGUUACCAUGUGAUGUUAAUGUGAUGUUACCAUGUGAUGUUACCAAUGUGAUGUUAUCAUGUUAUGUUACCAUGGGAUGUUACCAUGUGAUGUUACCAUGUGAUGUUACCAUGGGAUGUUACCAUGUGAUGUUACCAUGUGAUGUUACCAUGUGAUGUUACCAUGUGACGUUACCAUGCGAUGUUACCAUGUGACUUACAUGUGAUGUUACCAUGUGAUGUUACCAUGUGAUGUUACCAUGUGAUGUUACCAUGUGAUUUUACCAUGUGAUGUUACUAUGUGAUGUUACCAUGUGAUGUUACCAUGUGACGUUACCAUGUGACUUACCAUGUGAUGUUACCAUGUGAUGUUACCAUGUGAUUUUAAUGUGAUGUUAUCAUGUGAUGUUACCAUGUGAUUUACCAUGUGAUUUUAAUGUGAUGUUAUCAUGUGAUGUUACCAUGUGACGUUACCAUGUGAUUUUAAUGUGAUGUUAUCUUGUGAUGUUACCAUGUGAUGUUACCAUGUGAUUUUAAUGUGAUGUUAUCAUGUGUUAUUACCAUGUCGUGCCAUCCUUUAACUUUUAAAAACAAGUUCAAAAUAGGUUAUCUUAAUCUUUAGUAAAUAAAUAAAUAAAUGAAAAUCUAAAUAUAAAGAAAGACACCCACCCUCUCCCCUCCCCUAAUUAUAGAAAUUUUCCUAAAUAUUUCAGCUCUUCUGGGGUUCCUCAUCAUCAUCCUGUUCCCUACAGCGGUCAAACCCCUUGGAAAAGAUGGGAUCAAAGAGACCUGGUAAGCAAUUUAAUUGUUCAUUGGAAACCAAUCAUGUCAUUGAAGAUAGAACCAAUCUGAAAGUUAACAUGUACAAACAAGCAAAGCAAACAUUUACAAGCCUUCAGUGGACGAGUGGAGUAAUACACUAGCAUCAAAAUAUAGUGCCCUCAAACUAAUCAAUUGACUUCCGUGGAGUGUCCUAGUUGCCUGGGACAAAAUCUGGAAAAAGAGUUUUUCAGACGCAUGUUCUACUGUCAUUAAGAAGUGGCACAAACAUCACGUGACCUGGUGUCUCACUGGGAUCCUCCCCGACAGCCAUGUCCAGCCCUGCUAUACUUUAAAAUUUGGAGACUUUUACUUUGAUAGAUAACCUAUAUUUGAAAAGACCAAUCUAUGUAUGGUUAAGACCAAUCUAUAUUUGAUUAAGACCAAUCUACAUUUGAUUAAGACAAAUCUAUAUUAGAGUAAGACCAAUCUAUAUAUGAUUAAGACUAAUCUAUAUUUGAUUAAGACCAAUCUAUAUUUGAUUAAGACAAAUUUAUAUUUGAUUAAGGCAAAUCUAUAUUUGAUUGAGACCAAUGCAUAUAUUUGAUUAAAACAAAUCAAUAUUUGGUUAAAAACAAUCUUUAUAUGAUUAAAAUCAAUAUCUUUGAUUAAGACCAAUCUCUAUUUCAUGAAGACGUUUAUUGAUCUAUGUCUAGGUUAGGCUGGGGAUUCUACACAUUUCUGCUGGGGAAUUGUCUCCUAGUUGCCGUUGCGGUUCAUUGCUUCGAAUACGAACUAGAGUCAUACCCAAGCUUAGAAUAGCAUCGAAACUUCACAUGUCUAGUGACGCAAAGAGAGAAACGAGGAUCGAUACCCCAAUCUGCUUCUUUCCUGUAAGUUUAAUAUUAUCACGUGACCUCGAGUCUUCUUUUCUUUUUUUUUUUGGUGAAUAAAUGUCAUGAAAUGAAAAAUAAAUAAAUUUACAUGAAAAAAAAUAUAAACAAAGUUAUAAAAAACUAAGCAAUGAGUGCAGGUCCUCCCAGUGCGUACCUUGUGAAUGAUGCUUCCCACUCCACCCCUUUGAGUGCACCAAUAGCAGUCAGUUGUUUAAUUUUGUUACUUUUUGCGCUACAAUCAUAUUGGUGUGCACCAGUCAUACCAGUGUUCAUUGAAGUCAUAAUAGUGUGAACUGCAGUCAUAUUGGUGUGCACUGUAGUCAUGUAGGUAUGCAUGCAGUCAUAAAAGUGUGCACUGCAGUCAUAUUAGUAUGUGCUGAAAGUCAUAUUGGUGUGCACUAAAGUCAUAUUAGUAUGCACUGCAGUCAUAUUGGUGUGUACUGCAGUCACAUUAGUCUGCACUGCUGUCAUAUUAGUAUGCACUGUAAUCAUAUUAGUGUGCACUGCAGUCAUAUUAUUGUGCACUGUAGUAAUAUUGGUGUGCACUGCAGUCAUAUUGGUGUGCACUGUAGUCAUGUAGGUAUGUACUGCAGUCAUAUUAGUGUACCUAUUGACAUUGCACGUGUCCGUUCUAUAUUUAGAAUUACUUGACAUUUUGGACUCUUGACUUCUGGUCCGUUUGGAUUACAAGUACGGAGAACUCUCCUGUGUGUGAGUGCACGUUUUCUGUUUACAACUAUGCACAGUUUGACGACGUCAUUGUUGCGAUUUAUUAAGUAGUUUUAGGGGGUCUUUGCAAGUUACGUCACGCCAAAAAUGACAUUUUCAGACCCCCCCCCUCACCCUUGUCACAAAGUGUCACAAAUUUAUUCUUUAACAUUUUCCCAUAAUAGAUUAAGAUGUAGUGUAUUAGAAAGCUGGGACGUAAGACGCAAAACAACGAAGUCCUCCCGAAGUUGCAUGUCAAAUGGCCACAACAGUUUUUGCGUCAUUUUUCGAUAUGCCAAGAAGGUGUGAGUGACUGAGUUUCACUGCACUUAAAAUACCUGGUGCAAAUUUGACCUCAAAUAAUAUUUUUAAAAUUAAUUGAAUAAAUAUUUUUCAAUUAGAAAAUUUUGGAUAAAAAAAAAAAAGGCCAGGUCACAAAUUUUUGAUCCCCCCCCCCGCUGUCACAACGUGUCACAAAUUCUCACCCCCCUCCCCUUGAACGUGACGUAUUUUACGAACGACCUCUUAUACGAUUGACUAUGUAUCUUAUUCUGAUUAUCUUUAUGGUGAUGCAUUUCCAACGCAAUUGUUUGUGACUUCACUGUCAUUGAUAUUGUCUAAACUCUCAUUGUUAUUUUUGCACUGUCAUUGUUUUUGUACCACUUUUCUAUUAUGUUUGGACAUACGAACACCCUGAGUUAUAUCAAAUUCAAGCAUAAUAAAUAAAUAAAUAAAUAAAAAAAGAAAUAAAAAGAAAAUAACUUCUCAACUUUUCAAAGAGUCGCCCAAUUAACAUGAAAUUUUACGGAUCAAUUCUCGAAGGGACCCAAUACAAAACCAAAUGUACAUGUGUUUUGUUAUAAAAUGACCACACUCUACUGGCUAUAAAUGAAAUAAAUGAAAGGACUGCUUUUUUCUCUGUUAUAUUUUCAUUUCUAUUGUUGGCUGAAGAAGGCUUUAUGCCGAAACGUCCUUGUUUUUUGUCCUGUUAUCUUAUUUCAAGCUUCCACAUACCUCGUUUCGCUAUUUCAUUCAUUUACUGGCUAUAGUUUAACAACCGAAUUGAAAUUGACCCGUUUUCUCAUUUCAUCCACAGGUCUAGGUGACGUCAGUGGCUCAAUAAAACAAGGACUACUCUAUGGGGAUUUAACAAUGUUCCAUCAUAUGCAAAACACAAGGG